GAGAUCGUCUCCGAAGCCCUGGCAUGGGGAUGGAUCGACAGUCAUGCCCGCAAACUCGACGAGCAGCGAAGCUUGUUGCUAAUUUCCCCGCGACGGAAGGGCAGCGUGUGGUCUUCCCUCAACAAGACCUAUGUGUCUCAGCUGGAGAAAGCCGGCCGAAUGCAGCCCAGCGGCCGCGCCAAGAUCGAGCAAGCCAAGAAGGACGGCUCCUGGAAUUUCUUGGAUGAUGUGGAUAAGCUCAUCGAGCCCGCGGACUUGAAGACGGCCUUGAAGAAGAGAG